GUGGGUGUCGGCUACAGCCUGUGGGGCAGUCCUACUCUACUGUGUCCCAUGGGAUCGCUGUGAGUGGGUGUCGGCUACAGCCUGUGGGGCAGUUCUCCUCUACUCUGUCCCAUGGGAUCGCUGAGUGGGUGUCGGCUACAGCCUGUGGGGCAGUCCUACUCUACUGUGUCCCAUGGGAUCGCUGUGAGUGGGUGUCGGCUACAGCCUGUGGGGCAGUUCUACUCUACUCUGUCCCAUGGGAUCGCUGUGAGUGGGUGUCGGCUACAGCCUGUGGGGCAGUUCUCCUCUACUCUGUCCCAUGGGAUCGCUGAGUGGGUGUCGGCUACAGCCUGUGGGGCAGUCCUACUCUACUGUGUCCCAUGGGAUCGCUGUGAGUGGGUGUCGGCUACAGCCUGUGGGGCAGUUCUACUCUACUCUGUCCCAUGGGAUCGCUGUGGGUGGGUGUCGGCUACAGCCUGUGGGGCAGUUCUACUCUACUCUGUCCCAUGGGAUCGCUCUGAGUGGAUGUUGGCUACAGCAGCAGCAGCACCACCACCGUCUUGCACCUUGAAUUGAUCUUUUAUCCAUGAGUUGUUACUGAAUUAUUGUUUUACUGAAUUACGCAGAUUGUCCAAAUGGUGACACGUUUCAUCAUACAAUAUUGAAAAAAUCAUAUUUCUUAAUAUCACCACCAAUGUGAUCAGAAAGCUCUUUAAGUAUUGGGAAGUUUUCAAGAUCUCAGCGUGAGAGAAGAGUUUUCCAAAAUGACCAAUUUUUGCUUGAAAUCUCAGAUUUUAUCAUUGGCAACAGGUGGUGUCAAUUGUUUUCCUUCUGGAUUCUGCCCCUUUUAUUCCAGAGUUGUUGUGUGCCAUUGAGUUGGUUCCGACUCAUAGCGACCCCACGUGACAGAGUAGAACUUCCCCAUAGGGUUUCCUAGGCUGUAAUCUUUACGUGAGCAAAUUGCCACAUCUUUCUGCCGUGGAGCCACUGGUGAGUUUGAACUGCUGACCUUUCAGCAGCUGAGCACUUAUCCAUUAUGCCACCGGGGCUCCGUAGUCCAGAGUUACCUUCCUAAAAUACAGAUCUGAUUGUGACCCUUGGCUGAUUACCUCUUCUGUUACCACCCCUCCCCCCACAGUGGUCCCCAGGGAUAAAGUGACAUUUUCUUGACUUGACAACAAGGGCUCUGAUGAUCUCAACCCUCGGCCCCCAGCACGUUGGCAGUUUUUAUUGCAGCCUUGUUUGAAGCCUCCACAUUGGAGCCUGAAGCCACCGUCUUAGCCCUCCUGAGACGUCUUUGCCCUGAGACCCAGCUGAUUCUUAGGUGACAAGGCUUUGAGUCCUCACCGCACAGCCCAGGUAUCGUCUGCCCAGCAGUACCACACCCUCACGAUUUGAGCCACAAAAUGGGGUGCAAAGUGUUGCUCGACAUUGGCCACCAGAUGCUGCGCCGGAAGGUGGUGGACUGCAGCCGGGAGGAGAGCCGGCUGUCUCGCUGCCUUAACACCUUCGACCUGGUGGCCCUCGGCGUGGGUAGCACGCUGGGCGCUGGCGUCUAUGUCCUGGCCGGGGCUGUGGCCCGCGAGGAUGCCGGCCCCGCCAUUGUCAUCUCCUUCCUCAUCGCCGCGCUCGCCUCCGUGCUGGCCGGCCUGUGCUAUGGCGAGUUUGGCGCUCGGGUGCCCAAAACGGGCUCGGCCUACCUCUACAGCUACGUCACCGUGGGCGAGCUCUGGGCCUUCAUCACAGGCUGGAACUUAAUCCUGUCCUACAUCAUCGGUACGUCGAGUGUGGCCAGGGCCUGGAGUGCGACCUUUGACGAGCUGAUAGGCAGACCCAUCGGGGAGUUCUCGCGGACGCACAUGGCCCUGAAUGCCCCUGGGGUGCUAGCCGAAAACCCUGACAUAUUUGCUGUGAUUAUCAUCCUCAUUUUAACAGGACUUUUAACAUUUGGUGUGAAAGAGUCAGCCAUGGUCAACAAAAUAUUCACGUGUGUCAAUGUUCUGGUCCUGGGCUUCAUAAUGGUAUCAGGAUUCGUGAAAGGAUCAGUCAAAAACUGGCAGCUCUCGGAGGAGGAUUUCCAGAAUGCGUCCAGUCAUCUCUGUUUGAACAAUGACACAAAAGAAGGAAAGCCUGGUGUUGGGGGAUUCAUGCCCUUUGGAUUUUCUGGCGUACUCUCAGGGGCAGCGACGUGCUUCUAUGCCUUUGUGGGCUUCGACUGCAUCGCCACCACAGGUGAAGAAGUGAAGAACCCCCAGAAGGCCAUCCCAGUGGGCAUCGUGGCCUCCCUCCUAAUCUGCUUCAUUGCCUACUUCGGGGUAUCUGCCGCCCUCACGCUCAUGAUGCCCUACUUCUGCCUGGAUAAGGACAGCCCCCUGCCAGAUGCCUUCAAGCACGUGGGCUGGGAAGGCGCCAAGUACGCCGUGGCCGUCGGCUCCCUCUGUGCACUGUCGACCAGCCUUUUAGGCUCCAUGUUUCCCAUGCCUCGAGUCAUUUAUGCCAUGGCUGAAGAUGGACUACUGUUUAAAUUUUUGGCCCAAAUCAACGAUAGGACCAAAACACCAAUAAUAGCCACGUUGACCUCAGGUGCCAUUGCCGCUGUGAUGGCCUUCCUGUUUGACCUGAAGGACUUGGUGGACCUCAUGUCCAUUGGGACUCUCCUGGCCUACUCUUUGGUGGCUGCCUGUGUGCUGGUUUUACGGUAUCAGCCAGAGCAACCCAAUGUAGUCUACCAGAUGGCCAGAACCACAGACGAGUUAGAUCAAGUCGAUCAGAAUGAAUUGGUGAGCACCAGUGAUUCCCAGAUGGGCUUCUUACCAGAAGCGGAGACGUUUUCUUUGAAAAGCAUACUGUCGCCAAAAAACAUGGAGCCUUCCAAAAUCUCUGGGCUAAUUGUGAACAUUUCAGCCAGCCUCGUAGCAAUUCUCAUCAUCGCCUUUUGCCUCUUGGCUGUGCUUGCCAAAGAGGCUCUGGCAGCCAGCGAGAUGUGGGCCAUCUUCCUGCUGGCGGGGGCUGUUCUCCUCUGCUUGGUGGUCACUGUCAUCAUCUGGAGGCAGCCUGAGAGCAAGACCAAGCUCUCGUUUAAGGUGCCCUUCCUGCCAGUGCUCCCCAUCCUCAGCAUCUUCGUCAACGUGUAUCUCAUGAUGCAGCUGGACCAAGGCACGUGGGUGCGCUUCGCAGUGUGGAUGUUGAUAGGCUUUGCCAUCUACUUCGGCUACGGCCUCUGGCACAGUGAGGAGGCAUCCCUGGCUACGGGCCAGGCGAGGACUCCCGACGGCAACCUGGACCAUUGCAAGUGACGGGGCAGCUCCGGCCCAGGAGGCGGCAGCCCUCAGGACCCUGCGGAGGUCUGGGUUAUGCCUUCCUGUCUCUGCCAAUGGAACAGGAAACACCCCCUACAAAGAGCCCCCAGCACAGCCUAGAGUGCAAUUACUUGAACUGCAGCCUCAGCCCACAGCACGUGCUCCCCGCCCAGGCCCACAAGGCCCGGUCACGGCCGGGCAGCUCCCUGGCCGGGCCACCCGCCUGUGGCUGGCUCGCCGUGUCUCCUCACCUCCCUCUGCAAAAAGAAGGCCGCUCCACUCCUCUUCUCUCCUUGCCAGCUCAGUGCAAGGAGGGGGCCACCUCCUCCCAGUGACCUUGAGAAUUCAGACCUCUUCUCAGGACCUACAUCUGAUAUUGAAAACAAACGUGCAUACUGCAGACUUCCAAUGGCCAUCUCCCUACUCAGCCCCAGUGAGCCGGCCUGAGAUGCAAGAUGGGUACCCAAAACAGCCUGUGCCCUCACAGCCAAACUGCCACCUUUAGCUUCACAAGGACAGACCAGGCCACGCUUCCUGCUGCUGCUCCAGCCACGUAGUGACUGCCCGAUGGGGCGUUUGAAGGCCUGUGUCUGGGAUGGUGACCCCCACCUGUUAGUUCCCCCUUCCCAGAAGGGGCUUUGUUUUGACACUGUGACAGGCCCUGCACGACGUCUGGGGGCACCUGGGGCACUGAGCAGUGUCGGGAGUGGUGGUCAGUCUGGACAAGGCGUAGGGUGGCUGUCAGUGGGAGCUCAGUGCUUGCUCCAUUCUUGUGUACGACCUGUGUGUGCACAGGGGCCUUCUGCUCCAUUCCCUAACGGCCCAGCUAUUCUGGAAUCUCACCGUGGCUAUGUCCUGAGUAACUGGAACAAGAGACUAUUUGUAGGACUGGCCUCACACUGACAGACCUUAGAACUGCGUUUCUUGCAGGUCUUUGCCAUUCACCUAAGUCUCAUCCGCCAAUGCCUGUGGUCAGUCUUUUGGGUCUUGUAAGGUUCUUGAUGCAGGUGUUGGCCAUCUGCCUGGCCCCUUUCUACCUAGCAUCAAAUUGAGUUCUCUUAUGAGUUGCUGUGAAUCACUCCACCAGAUUAAGUCGGGGCUUAACAUUAGGGACAAUGGCCAUACAGUUGUCCAUAACAUGGGCACGUCGUUCAGGGCUUGUCCUGCAGAGCAGGUGGCUGGGGUUGUGUUGAUGUACUUCCAGUGGCUUUGUGGUCCACAUGCUACAUGCUGAUGUAUGCUGAUGAGAUGUUGGCUCUGGUAUAGCCCUCAUGCUCCGCGAGGCGGAACACCCACCUGACCAGCUGCCUGGGCACUUGCACUCGGACUGCAGUCCAUCCUGCCCCCCUUUCUAGGUGGGCAGGGCACACGGUUGAGGACAGACACCAUUGCACACACUCCUCAUAGACUGAAGCCAGAGGACACAAAACUGUGGACUGAGCCUCAAUUCCAUGUAGAGUGUGAUUAAGGCGACAGGAUGGGCCCUUCAUGUCGGUGGGAAGUGAGAAUGGUCAGCAGUUUAGAAAAUGUGGAAAACGUAAAUGCUACUUUCCAGGUUGUUUGUCAUUUUCUCCCAGCUGACCUCUGACACGAAUCUGGUAGAAAGAAGCCUGAUAAAUUGAUGGCACUUUUCUUCCUCUCUCUCUCUCUGCCCCAGAAGGCUGUUGGAGAGAAGUGGCCAAAAGGCUGAGUGAGCCUUCUGGAAGCGCAGUGGAGGGAGGGCGGGAGGGUUCCUCUCAGAGAGGGCUGGGGGCAGCCUCCUUCCAGCCACUAAAUCCCAUUCGCCGAAUGUUCACAGAGAGUAUCUUAAGAGCCCAAAGCUUGGAUUUCCAAAGAAAGGUAUUUAGAUUUCUGUAGAUUGGUGCUGUAAAAUAUUUUGAUAAAUAUUAACUUAUUUUGUUGGGUUUUGGUUGUCUCCUGUUUUCCUGGGACCUGUGAGCUAUUUGCUGUUUUCUUCUGUUACCUUUCUAACGUGGGCGAAGAGAACCUGGAGGAGGGAGGGUAUCCAGGAAAGGUGGGUGGGGAGAGAAUAGUUUUCUUUUUUCUUUUUUUUAACUUUCUGGCUGAAAUUUCAGUUCAGGACAUUACCCAACAGAAUGUAUGUUUGACAGCUGACAUUUGACAAAGGGUGUGUUUUCCCUUAAAAUGUCUCACCUGAGAGUACUGGGACAAGUGUGGGUCUCUCCUCCUUUCUUCACCCCGAAGCCUUAAAGUUCUAGACGGAAGUACCCACAGACUCAGUAGGAAUGGAAGCUGCCUGCCCCUCCCGUGGAGGCAGGGGCCUUCACUUUAGAAUGGGACACCCAAGUUGACCUGACAAAAGUGGUUCUCGUGGUUGCUGGGCUGCUUAUUAGUAAGAGGGGUUUUGUACAGUUGCCAGGGCUUUUCUCUUGUAUAUAAAGGCAGUGACAUAAGGAAUGGUGUUUGGGUUAGGCCUUAAAAUUAUAAUAGAUUUUUGCUUAUACAUCCCUCACUUGCCAGAGGUAAACAUUCUCACACAUGCAUACACACAUACACACACACACACAGAGGCAGAAAAAGCUGAGGGUCCCACAUCCCUAAUCCGCCCUCUGCAACAGGAAUGUAACUUGGUUUCAUGGCUCAGCCACUCCUUUCUUACAGUCAGGACUUCCUUCUGUAUAGAGACACAUCCUUAGGGAAUACUGCCUCAGCUUUUAUCUGAGCACCAACCCCAAAGACCCAUGUAGGAAAGACCCAUUUGGGAUGAGUGGGCCUCCUCCCUGUCUCACCGUAACUCCCAACCCUACAUGUUUUCAUGACCCAGCAGGGCCCACGCUCAUUAAAAAACAGACCCCAAAGCGCAGGCUCAGGGCAUCUCUGGAAGAGAUGGAUAGAGGGGGUCUCCAGGGACACGGCCCAGGGAGGGGACCCCAGUCUCUGCACCCCCCUUCAGCUGAUGCUUUGGGUGCGUAGGAUUUGUUUGACCAAACCAGGAGUUGGGGGCACAAGCUCAUCUUUCCUAGGCCAUUUCAGGGAGGCUGCUGAAUUCACACCGUGGCCAGAAUUGCUCAGCUCUGCCCCCACGUUGUUUUGUUCCUGCCACGAACCUCCCUUUCCAUUGAGCCUUUGAUCCCUAUUAGGCCGCCAGCUUUCCAACUGCUUCCGGGCAGCCCCCUGGCCUCCUGUACUGACGCUGAGCAGUGGCACGGCUGGUGGGGGGCGCCCCGUGUCCAGAGCGACCAGCAGGAUGUAGCGGGCACUGGGCCACAUGGUGGGGUGGGCUUCUUGCUGGCCUCUUUGUGAUCAAGGCUCUGCUGGCAAAACUCCCGUCUGCCCCAGCAGCUCAGCCAGUGUCCACACCAGGGUGUGGUGACUAGCACUUUAUGCAGGGGGUGUGGAGAUGGUGGACAUGCAGGCUCUACCAAAUUUUCUGCACCACAGUGGGCUUCCCCCUCCACCGCCGCCACCAAGCAGACCUUCUGAACAGGCUGGUGUGUACAGGCCCCCAGAGUGUGGCCUGAGCGAAGUGCUGGGUGAAACCCAAGACAAAGCUAUGUGUAAAGGGCAGGAGGUGGGUCCCUGCGGUAAAUCAGGUGAGGUUCCCGCAGUGUGGGCAUUACUCUGCACCAGGGCUGUCCUUUCCGAUUCCGAUGCCCGGCUUUGACACAGGCACUCAGUUUCUUUUUAAUAACAGCUAGCAGUUCUGUUGGCAUCCAAGAAUCAUCCAUACCAAGACAGGGCCCCAGCAACCAGGUGUGUUCUGGAUGAGCCGAGAGAUGUCCCUGGGUGUAUGUCGGCUCUGAGGGUCUCCCUAAGCCCCUAGGGGGGUGACAUCGCUGAGCACAGGCCAUGUGACAUCUGUGUGUGGAACUGUCACAGUUAAACUUGAGCUGGAACUACAUGUAUGUUCUAUGUAAUUGUUCUGUAUAUUUUAAAAUGCAGGUGUCUGCCAUCGUAAGGAGAGUGCUGUAUGCGAGGGCUCCAUGGGAGAGCAGGACGUACAUUUUUGUCAGACUUGUCACUUGUUUGGUAAUGAAGUGCUUUAUUGAUCCAGUGGUGCAGGAAACUACACUCCAGAUUUGUCAUCGUAAUUAGGGUGCCUAAUGGGUCUUUAAAAAGGUCAACCAACCUUCUCCUGUCCGUCGCUAUGACUCAGCAUCUUUCUGUGCCCAUUGCUUCGCUGAGUGCCAGUGGCCUCUCCAGGAGGGAACAGAUCAGCUGAGAGUUUCAGGGUGCAGCCGUCACAGAGCCCUCCCUGGUCACCCAAUACCCAUGUGUGGAACUACCAGCUGCAAAGCCCGUGGGAGACCAUGGCCGUGGUUCAAGAGAUGUCCAAACUGAUUUUCUCAGGGGAUUAGCUUGUCCAGUGGGAUCGGGAAGCAGGGUGGGGAAGAGGCAGCCAGACUUUGUUAAUUUAUUAACAAGGUAUAUGACUGUGUUUCUUUGAUGACAGACGUUUAAGUUUGGGACUUAUUUUCCCAUUUGAGAAGUUUUACAUAUAUAUAUAUGUAUGUAUAUAUAAUAUGUGUGUAUAUACAUAUUUUGUACAUAUGUGUGUAUAUACGUAUUUAUACACAUAUAUGCAUAUAUAUCUUUGAACUGAAAGUUUUCUGCUUAAGUUGUGCCUUUCAGCUUCGAUAGUUUUGAGGAACACAAAGGGUGAAGGUAACUAACGAGGGUUGGUUUAUUAUCAAACCUAUAAUAGUUGUGGUUUCUCCUUUCAGCUUUUCUUCUACUGAACAUGGAGCCAUUAUGAGGUUUUUUUUUAUUAUGUAAAUUGUAUAAUAUUUUGCUCAUUUGGUGUUCUAUUUUUCUAAUAGUUUCUCGUAGUUGUGAUAACUAGGUUUAGAUUCUGAUGCUAAGUGCAAAUCAGGUUGGUCUCUGCAGGUCCCUCCUGUUUCCAUUUCAUCAUUUAAGGACAAGUUUAGGUGUGGUCUGCCGCCUUUAAGACAAUGUGAAACGCUCCUCGUGUACCCUUCACGUGACAACGCUGUACAAAUGGACAACUUCUGGCCGGCCUCUGUGUUGUAAAGCCAAACUCUUUUGUGGUACAUUAUCUCAUGCUUCUCCAAAUUCUAAUAAAUUAUGUCUGUUGCUUUA